UAGCGUUAGUCUGUCGGUAACACUCUCAGCCACAACCACGGCAAUCGUUACAUUGUGCGGUAUAUGAACGUACACCAAGUCCAAGAACAACUUUCUUCGCGUAUUGCUGUUAAUAUAAAAUAAAAGAGAACCGAACAGGUUGCGUCAUUUCGUCUUGAACUUGAACAUGGUAUACAGUAUUAUGUGCGUGCGGAGAUCUCUGUUAUUAUUCGAUCGUAUAAUUUAUGGAUUUUAAGAAAAGAAAUUAUUGUAUUUGGGUUAAUAAUUGAUGUGUACUGUGUGUUGAUAUGUCAGUGUAGCAUUGGUACGAUCUUAAGAAGCAACUCAAUAUACGAAAUUAAUUCGGUUUCGUUGUACACUUUUUUUUAUUGUUGAUUCUAUGGAACAAAACCAUUUUUCAAAUCUACAAUGAUUGUGAAAUUUGGUUUACUGUUGACGAUUUCGUGUUAUAUUAUUGCGGAAGUACGAGCCGAUGUUGCUGAUUCAGACGAGAAUAAAAAUGCCUCAGUUUCCCGUGCAUUUAGCAGUGGUCAUAUAACAGCCAAAAAUGAUUCGUCGUUCCUUAAUUCCGUUGGUAAUUAUGUAUCUCAGGCGUUAAGAGAAGUUCCAGCUGAUUUACUGGAUGAUAUUGAACGUAAAAAGGAUGACGACAAAAAGAAGAAGAAAAAGAAGCCAACUGUAUAUCAUAUAAACUUCCAACAAGCCGAUCCACAUGAUGACUAUGGCCAUCAGAAUCAACAUGAACAUGGACAGAUCGCAUUGCCCGAACAUUUUAUGGGGGGUCAUCACGGUGGAAAAAUUAAGCAUCGUCCACAACAUGGACUGAAAUUAAAACAUAAACAUGGUAGAAGCAUUGGAGAUGGCAUUCCAAGAUUUGGCAUCUUAUUGGGAAAUAAAGUUGUCCAUUUGGUGUCGAAAAAGUUUAAAUUACUUCAAAAGAAAUGCGGUUUCAUACUUAAGUAUAUCAAAUUAGCUCUGCGUGGACACAAAAAAGGAAAAAAGAAGAAGCGUAAGGCACUUAUGAAACUAUUGCUCAUUGGCGCCGUGUUGAAAGCCAAAAUCGAACUGUUCCUGAAACUCUUUGCAACCCAUUUACAAGUGAAAUUCUUUAUCGUUGCACUGAUUGGCCUAUUUCUUAAUAUCGCUAAGUUCUGGAUCGAUCUGAAACGAGGACAUUCCCCGCAAAAGGUUAUUUACUACGAAAAUGCCCAGCACCAGCAUCAUUAUGAUGAACAUGACGAGGGGUGGAAUAGUGGUGGCGGUUACUGGAAGCGAUCGUUUGACGAGCAAACUACUGAGAGCAAUGCCCCAUACACACAUCCUUAUAGCGCUCCAUUUGCUCAUCGAAAGUAGUCUCAGCACAUUUAGAUGUUAAGAAUAAAUCGGAAAGACUUUUUGCGAUCGAAAGGACACAUUUUAGAUCUGUAUACAAAUUGCCAUAAAAAUUGUUUUUUGGGAACGUUCUAUCUUAUUGCUUUUCGGUACGACACGAAUGCGAAUACCAUAUUUAAGCUUUUCAUAUUUUUCUGAUUGUCAAUUGUUCUUUUAUAUUAAAAGAGCAAGAGACUUUACUAAAUAUGUACGGUUGAGUAUGAGCUGUUUUGCAUUUUUUUUUUAAAUUAUAUAAAUAUCCUACGAUAAGUGCAGAUCGAUGUUUGGUCAUUUUUAUUUUGACGAGUGAAAAUUUUGUAGCCCACAGUAGCUAUAAAAUCCAAC